AUGUUUACCUUACAGGCAACGGACGGAAGUGCUCGGGCCGGGGUCCUCCACCUGCGACACGGCACGACGCGGACGCCCGUGUUCAUGCCGGUCGGUACCCAGGCAACCGUGAAGGGCCUCACCCCGGACCAGCUUCUUGACCUCGAUCUGGAUAUUAUUCUGGGAAACACGUUUCACCUGGGACUUCGACCCGGCGGGGAGGUUCUCAGUGCGCUCGGUGGCGUACACACGUUUGCACACUGGCCGAGAAACGUGCUCACCGACUCGGGAGGGUUCCAGAUGGUAUCUCUGCUUCGUCUUGCGACAGUUUCCGAAGCUGGUGUCCACUUUCAGUCGCCAGUCGAUGGGUCGCAGGUCCUGUUGACCCCAGAGCUAUCUAUUCAGCUACAAAACCAGAUUGGAGCGGAUAUCAUUAUGGCCCUCGACGACGUGGUGCCAACGACAGCCAGCAACGUAGAGCGCUUUCGCGAGGCAGCUGCUCGAACGGUGCGCUGGCUAGACCGAUGCAUUGGCGCCCAUGCAAGGCCCAGUGAGCAGCUUCUCUUUGCGAUCGUUCAGGGCGGGCUCAGUCCCGAGCUGCGGCGGUACUGUUUGCGGGAGCUCGUCGCGCGGGAGCUACCAGGGUACGCCAUAGGCGGGCUCGCAGGUGGCGAAGAGAAGGACAAGUUCUGGCAGGUGGUGCAACUCUGCACGAGAGAGCUACCGCACGACAAGCCGCGCUAUUGCAUGGGGGUUGGUUAUCCUGAGGAUUUGCUCGUAUGCGUUGCGCUGGGUGUCGACAUGUUCGACUGCGUGUAUCCCGCGAGAACGGCUCGAUUCGGGAGCGCCCUGGUCGAUGCAGAAGCACCCGGUAUGCUCAAGAUCAAGUCAGCUGCCAUGUUCAAGGACUCGCGACCGAUAGAGCCGCAGUGCCCGUGCGAGUGCUGCCGCCACUACUCCAGAGCGUACUUACACGUGCUCGUGAACCGGGAUCCGGCAGUUGUUGGGCACCUGCUUACGGUCCAUAAUAUCUCCUACCUGACGCGGUUCAUGCGCGGGGCGCGGGAGGCCAUUUUUAAGAACACUUUUGCAGACUAUGUACACAAAUGGUUCGCCCGGCGGUACCCCAGCGGUGCCUAUCCGAACUGGGUGUGCGAUGCGCUUGCGUGCUGUGGUAUUCGGCUGACGUGA